UCCCAGUUAUUACCUCGGUCCCCCUCUCCCAGUUAUUACCUCGGUCCCCCCCCUCUCCCAGUUAUUACCUCGGUUCCCCCAUCUCCUUCCUCUCUGGCUUAUUUUACAAAGAGGGGAAACCGCCACAGACAUGGCAUCUUCGUCGGGCAAUGAUGACGAUCUCACCAUCCCCAGGGCUGCCAUCAAUAAGAUGAUCAAAGAAACUCUGCCCAACGUCAGGGUGGCCAACGAUGCCAGGGAGCUGGUGGUUAACUGCUGCACCGAGUUUAUCCACCUCAUCUCCUCCGAGGCCAACGAGAUCUGCAACAAGUCCGAGAAAAAGACCAUCUCCCCCGAGCAUGUCAUACAGGGUGAGUGGCCAAAUGGUGGAAACCCCACCCCCUCUCCGAUCUGUAGGACUUCACAGGGAUAAUUACUGACGGAGAAAUGUCAGGAAUUCAAGAUUUAGUGCACCUUUUAGCUGAAUUUAAUGCAGGGCUGUGUUUAGGGGUUAUUCACAAAUCUCUGAAAUGUUGAGAAUUUGAAUGCAUAUGGCAAAACCAAAUUCAGAAUAACAGAUAUGGAAACAGUUUGGUUAUGUUCACAGCUUGAAUGUUUUUAUGAUUCAGAUUUUGAUUGGUUAGUUUGCAGUUUUAUGAAUAAUACUGUUGGUACUCUUAAAAUUUUAUUUAGAUAUUGAGGCCUAAAUUGUGAAUUUCACUUCCAAUAUACACAUUAGGGAACACAUCUGUAAUUUUCCAUUAUGCCUAGUAUUAAAGAAACUCUAUAGUCACGCCGACCACUUUAUUUUAAUGGAGUGGUCUGGGUGCAGUGGUCCUGUCACUUAAACUGUGGUGUGGAAAUUACUGCUGUUUUUUAAGAUCCUGCAAUGUUUACGUUGCAUGGUUAAAUAUACAUCUAGUGGCUGUAUUCCAGACAUUCACUAGAGGUGCUUCCUCCUCCAAACUUGGUCUGGGAAGCAAAUGCUGUUGAAAACAAAGAAUCUCCAAUCCAUUGCUGCUCUUUAGGAAGAAAUGGCUUGGAAGAUAUUGCAAAUGAUGUCAGCUUCGAUGUAGAGCUGUAGGCUGUGGCAGAUGAGUCCUAGCACAGGAAAAGACUGUAGUUUAUACAAACGUGAAUAAAUAAAUAGGUUGAAGGACCCCCCCCAAAGUUAACCUUCAACUGGCAAAUGUUAGUGGGAAAAAAUGUAUAAAUAUUUUUUUAACGGAGUACAUAAAACAAGUCAUGAGCAUCUUUUGUCAGAAUUGACAAUCACCCUUUAAAAGGUUACUCUAAUAGUUUGCCUUUUUAGGCUUAGAAUGCGCUAUUAAGCAUUGCUAAAAUGUCUCCCUCCAUCCCAUGAAACUUUAAAGGGCUCUUAUAGUGCCAGGAGAACAAACCCGUUUUCCUGGCAUUAUAGGCUCUUGGAGUGCCCCCUCCCUCUAGACCCUCGGCGCUGAAGGGGUUGAAACACCCUUAGCCACUUACCUUAAUCCAGCGCUGGGCUCCCUCGGUGCUGGUGACCUCUCCUCCCCCACUGACGUCGGCUCCCAAAUGGAGCUGAAUGCGCGUGCGUGCAUUUAAACACGCCCAUAGGAAAGAAUUGCUCAAUGCUUUCCUAUGGGGAUCUUAUUUGACGCUGGAGGUCCGUGAGGACGUCCAGCAUCAAGUAAAUGUGAUUUACUUAGUGUAAAUCGCGUAAGCGGCCUCUAGUGGCUGUCAAGGAGAAAGCAACUAGAGGCUGGAAUAACCCUGCAGUAUAUACAUAGCAGUUUCUCUGAAACUAUGUUUUCAGCUGCAGGGUUAAAACUAGGGCGACCUAGCACCCAGACCACUUCAUUAAGCUGAAGUGGUCUGGGUACCUAUUGUGGUCCUUUAACAGAUAAAGUUUAAACGUACGUGUAAUUCAGUGCUUGAAGAAGUUCCAGGUACUGAUCUCCGUCAUCAGGGGCCUCUAAGGGGCCUUAAGUCUGCCUUCAGUGGCUGUCUGGGGGCACUUCCGGAAUCAGAUUUCCCUCAUAGGAAAGCAUUGAAUAAUGCUUUACUAUGGGGAGGUCCAAUGCACGCAUGAUCAAUGUCACGCAUGCGCAUUAGGUCCCCCUGCCGACGUCAGCCGUAAGACAUUGGCAUUGGAUUCAGGUAAGUGACUGAAGGGGGGUCGUGAGGGAGGGGGGCAUUGUAGGGACCUAUGGUGCAAGGAAAACGGGUUUGUUUUUCUGGCACUAUAGGAUCCCUUUAACCUUGCGCAUGUAAGUAUUGCAGUUUUUAUAAAUUGAAAUAAUUACCUGCUAGGGUUAACUCCAUCUCUAGUGGCUGUCUACCAGGCAGCCACUAGAGGGAAUUCCGGGCUUGAAGGCGACUUUUGGUUGCCUAACUGCCGAUGGACAUCCUCACACUAUGCAUGAGGACUUCCAGCGUCACCAGAAUCCCCAUAGGAAAUAAUUGUAUUAUAGGGAAAUCCUAACGCAAGCGCGGCUGUUGCAGCGCAUGCACAUUAGGUAUGAGAUCUCACAGAGGGCAGGAAGGAGUAAAGAGCUAGCUUCCCUUGCAGGCACGCUGUCCAAAAAGAUCUUUACAUCUGUUGUCAGCAUGCUCAGUCCGCUGACAACAGAAGUCAAAUAUGCACAGAAUUUACAUUAUGUAUAAACAAAAGGAGGAAUUCCGCACUCUUAUCAGAAUCUCGGUACUGCCAGACCUGGGGUUGGCUGCCCCUCCAGUCAUCAUUGAACAAUUUACAUUGGGCUGUACCGGACUGCCUAAGGCACAUGUGUUGGGCGUAUAACUAAAUCCCAGCACAAAAGUUAAAAUAUCUCCGGAUGUGCAGCAUUUCAGAUCACUGAAGUGGUCAUGGUGGUUGGCAAAACCCUUAAAGCCCAUAACCUGCUUUGACACAAGGAAUGUACAAGCAUUCAAAUCCAGAGCUCUGCUACAUGCGUUGCUGAUUUGAGGUCUCCUGAUUGGACAGAUCUUUACAACAAAUGUCACUUCAUGUCUACAUUUUCUUCAUAUAAAAUUGUUGGUAGAUAUGUUAGUAACUGGUGCAGUAGACAUGAAUGCAUUUGCAAAUGUUUGUCCUGUGAUCUUUUAAGAUUUGUUUUGUUACUCCAUACCUUCUUUGUUUAAUCAUUCAUUAACGUUUAAGGAUCUGAUAACUGGAGAAAUGCAGCUGAGAAAUUUACCCUACUCUACACUUAGUUCGUCAGGUAAAUGUAAAUAGUCCUUUUAUAUUUAGCAUGUAGCUGCAUUUGAGAAUUCAGCUCUAUAAAGACAAACAAUUAAGUGGUUUCUCUGUGAGUGAAAAUAAGUGAAAGCUGCCUGGUUUCAGUCUUUGAGGUGCACAAGAAUGCAAUUUGCAUGUUUCAAGAUGUUUUGUAUUUCAUGCUGACUGUGGAUGAAAAGCACACGCUAAAUCAUGGGUCGUCAACCUGGUCCCUACCGCCCACUAGUGGGCAUUUCAGGAUUCCAGGUGGGUGGUAGGGAUUUUCUCAUUUUGAGACUGGGCGUGUGGGUGCGAGCCGGUGGUACCCCUGCGACCGGGUACCGCCAUCACCACUGCACGUCACUCCUCCCAGCUAACACUGAGAGCUGCACGGGAGGAAGACCAGGGAGUCAGAGUGGGAACUCUGACUCCCAUCCAUCUGAGCCACCACUGGUGACAGUGGAAACAGGAGGGUGACUAAAAUAUUUUGUGUGUCUUUGUAUGUGUGUGUCUUGUCUUUGUAUGUGUGUGUCUUGUCUUUGUAUGUGUGUCUUUGUAUGUCUUGUGUGUAUGUGUGUGCCUGUAUGUAUGUGUGCCUGUCUGUUUAUAGUGGGAUACCUAGCUCAGCCUUCCUACUGGGCAUUGAUAUAGGGAAGGUUAAAAAAUUGGGGGGGGGGAGGUGGGGAGAGGAAUUGAGGAGGGAGAUGAGCUGACGCACAGAUGAGAAAUCAUAUUAUGCACAAACAGAGAAGUCGUCUGAAUAACACCGAAAGAGGAGACCUUCGUUUGUUCCUUACGAAAAUCGAACCAGAUAUCAAAUAUUUAGUCUUGCAGCCUCAACCUCAAGAAUCUCAUUAAUCACUAGUAAAGGUAAUUUCAAUUUACUUUUUCUCAUUAAACUUUAUAAAGUUAAAAACAUUAUAAACAUGCAUUAAGUAGAAAUAAAAAGAUAAAUGUACGUACAUUUAUUUAUUUAUUUUUUAAAAACACCCUCCUUUCUAAAAAAUAUUCUGCACUUGCGUGAAAACUGGUGGGCGGUAAGGACAUUUUUUCAACCAAAAAGAUGCAUUAGUGGACGGUAGGUAGAAAAAGGUUGACUACCACUGCACUAAAUCAUUUUCAAUUAGCUUUGCCCACUUAAUCGGAAAUUGACAAUUAACCCCUUCGCGACCGAGGACGGUUCAGGAACGUCAUCGGCAUUUUUGGCUUGCCGACCUAUGACGGUCCUGAACCGUCCUAACGGUCAGAGGUACUUACCUGAUCGCCGUCGUUCCCCCGGCGGCGAUCAGCGUGGCUCCGGUUGUGGGGAGACUGCCUGCAGCCCAGACAGUCUCCCCACACUGGAUUAGGACCCCUGUGGCCAUGUGAUCGCUUAACACAGCGAUCACAUGGUCACAAUACGUGUCCAUGUGUCUGCCUGCAGGGGGACUGUCUGUGCUGACAGGCAGUCUCCCUGCUAGUGUAAAAUCAUUAAAAAAAUAAAGUUAGUGUUAAUAAAAAUAAUUAUAUGUGUAUAUAUGAUAUAUAGACAUAUAUUAUAUCCAUAUAAUAUAUGUCUAUAUAUCAUAUAUAUAAUGUCAUACUAAGUGUAUUUUUAUAUUAAUAUGUACUUAUAUUAAUAUAAAAAUACUUAUUAAAUUACACACGUGUGUGUGUGUGUGUGUGUGUGUGUAUAUAUAUAUAUAUAUAUAUAUAUAUAUAUAUAUAUUAUAAAAUAUAAAUAAGUAAUUUAAAUUAAAUAAUUUUUUUAAAAUAAUAAAAAAUUAAAAAAAAAUUAUAUCUAUAUGAAAUUUUAUUCUAACUGUAUUUUAAAAUUAAUAUAUAUUUAUAUCAAAAUACACUUAGAAUGAAUUUGUAUAUAUAUCUGUGUAUAUAUAAAUAAAAAUACGAAAUAUACAUAUGUCCAUAUACAAAAUUACAUAAACAAUUAUAUAAAUAUACACGUAGACUUCAAAUAUAUAUGCAUAUAUAUUUAAAUUCUACGUGCGUAUUUAUGUAAUAUUUUUACAUAAUUCAGUAAUUUUAUUGAUUGCAAUUUGAGGGACCUGCCUGCCAACCCAGGCCGAAAUUCCAGAGAAUUUAAUUUGCUAGCACUGUAUUUUACCCUGUAACGUUCUACGACACCCUAAAACCUGUACAUCGGGUGUACUGUUUUACUCGGGAGACUUCGCUGAACACAAAUAUUAGUGAUUUCAAAACAGUAAAACAUAUCACAGCGAUGAUAUUGUCAGUGAAAAUGACUUUUUUUGCAUUUUUCACACACAAACAGCACUUUUACUGAUGAUAUAACACUAAUAUUUGUGUUCAGCAAUGUCUCCCGAGUAAAACAGUACCCCCCAUGUACAGGUUUUAUAGCAUUUUUGAAAGUUACAAGGUCAAAUAUAUGGGUCAAAUAUUUUUACAUUGAAAAUGGCCAGGUUGGUUACGUUGCCUUUGAGAGCGUAUGGUAGACCAGGAAUGAGAAUUACCCCCAUGAUGACAUACCAUUUGCAAAAGAAGACAACCCAAGGUAUUGCAAAUGGGGUAUAUCCAGUCUUUUUUAGUAACCACUUGGUCACAAACACUGGCCAAAAUUAGCGUUCGAUUUAGUUUUUUUUACUUUUUCCACACACAAAUAUGAAUGCUUACUUUGGCCAGUGUUUUCGACUAAGUGGCUACUAAAAAAGACUGGACAUGCCUCAUAUUGAAUACCCUGGGUUGUCUACUUUAAAAAAAAUAUGUACAUGUGGGGUGUUAUUCAGAGAUUUAUGACAGAUAAUAGUGUUACAAUGUCACUAUUGAUAAAUUUUAAAAAUGUAUGUGUUGAAACCACAAUAUCCUACUUGUACCUAUAGCCCUAUAACAUGCAAAAAAAAGCACAAAAGCACGUAAACACAGGGUAUUUUUAAACUCAGGACAAAAUUUUGAAUCUAUUUAGCAGUUUUUUUCAUUCGCUUUUGUAGAUGAGUAAAAGAUUUUUCAAGUAAAAGUAAAAAAAACAUGUGUUUUUUUUUUCAAUUUUUCAUCAUAUUUUUUUAAAAUUAAAAUACAUGAGUUUAUGUAAAUAAUGGUAUGUAAAGAAAGCCCCUUUUGUCCUGAAAAAAACAAUAUAUAAUUUGUAUGGGAACAGUAAAUGAGAAAGCGGAAAAUUACAGACAAACACCACAAAAGUGUAAAAAUAUGCCUGGUCGCAAAUGUACAACAUCGCAAAAAAGGUCCAGUCCUUAAGGGGUUAAAUAGCAUAAUUUAAGCAAUAUAAACAUUAAGAUAACACAAGAUUAAACAAGCCCUGUGCUCAAACUCUCCAGUUGACUAGUUUUUAUUUUACCACAGUUUCUCUGUAAGUUCUAUUUGCUUCUAAAAAUGUUUUUAUUUAAUUUUUUCCUAUGAUCAUCGGACUAUGCAAGUGUUAUCGGUCUCUUUUGUGAUGGACCAUGUUACAACAAUAGUAUUGGUCAUGGAAAAUAGUAUGUAUAACACCAAAAGGAGUUCUGUGCAAACAUUACUUUAAAAUAUUUGCAAUGGCUUGAUGAAUUGUCUGCAUGUUGCAGAUGUGAUCUCAGGAAACAAAUGCAUUGUCUUGUAUGCUGCUGAAUUGAUUGCAUAUAUUGAUGUUGGUGCUUGUGGAUUGGAACAUUCUGGUGUAUUAAAGGGAAGUUCUUUUGUGAAUCAUUCACCACCUUUAGUAGAGAGCUGAUUAGAUGGUCAUGUUGCAUCUGGAAGAAAGGAAGUUAACAUAUUGCUACAUAGAGUUCAGAGAGAAUAAUAUCAAAAGUAUUUUACCAGGAAGGAUACAUUUAUAUUUGUCAUACCAGUGAAAGAAAAUGCAAAUAUCCGGUUAAGAUUGAGUUGGGUAUUUAUUUAAUAUAGUCCUUACCAUUUCCCAGCAUUGCUGAUGGGGAGAGAUGAAUGCAACUUAGAUGGAAUUAUGCAAAAACACUGGAGUCUGAAUUUGCAUCCUACAUAUGUAGAUUUCCAUAAAUGUGAGGAUACAAGUAAUCUCAGGACACUUCAUGAAAUAUCUUACUGUGAAAAUUGUAUACAGUUACAAGUUGGGAUUCACUUUCUAGUGCUGAUCAGGUAAUCCUUUUGGGGGAAAACUGUUAAAAACAAUUGUUAACCCCUCCUAAUCAUCCCUUAAAUGCUGCCAUUCAAAUAGUUACCUCUGUUCUUUCUUUUCCCAUUGACGGGACCGACGGCCACCCAAUCAGUAGGCAGACGCAGAGCUUGGUCACAGCGGUGGAAUGCAUGCCCGGGAGGCCUUGCUUUCCACCUCAGUUUUGACAGCGCUAACGGGCCUUAGUGGCUGGAAUUUUAAUUCUGGCAUGAAAUUUAAAAAGCCUAUUUGAGCUGUGUUGACAAGGGUUGUCAUGACAGGUUUACCGUGUCACUAGCCUGUAGCGAGUGUGCUACACCACUUUCUGAUGGAUGCAAGAAAAAGACAUGCAAACCACAGCUUAUCAAAUUUUUGGGAAAAGACAAAUCAGAAGGCGAUGCAAUUUUUUUUUUUUUUUUUUAAAGGGACGCUGUAGGCACCCAGACCACUUCAGCUCAUUGAAGUGGUCUGGGUUCCCUGUCCCUAUUGCCCUUAGUGCUUCAAUGUUAAACAUUGCGGUUCCAAGUCAGCUUCUAGUGGCUGUCUAGCCAGUAGAGGACUUCCUGGUUUGAAACGGACCUUUGGUCCACUAUCUGAUGCUGGAUGUUCUCUGCAUGAGGAGCUCCAGUGUCAGAUUUUUUUCCAUAGGAAAGCAUUGAUUCAAUGAAUGCGCAUUAGAGCCCGCUUGUCUUGGGCGGAGGAGGAUGAGCUUCAACCUAGCACCGAGGGACAUCAGCACUCAGAUCAGGUGAGUAAAUAAAGGGUUUUUAACCCUUUAUACACUGGGGAGGGUGGCGCGCAAGGGAGGGGUGAAUACAGCUUUGUGAUAGUACCUCUUUAAGGUAGUUUCUAGAGAAUCUCAAACAUUUGAAAAAUUUAAAGCGGCAAAAUCCAGAGAGCCUGUAUCUGUCCAGAACAGAUCCAUACAGAAAUGUAAGAGAAACAGGUCCUCUUCUCAUUCUGAUUUAUCCUCAGGUGAAUGCUCAUCAGUAUCUGAUGUAUUCAACCAAAACUCAAGUGUGGAUUCAGGUUUUUCACAUGCAGAGCUAAAUAAGUUUAUCAAAGAGGUUUCAGCUAUUUUGUAGGAAGGUGAAACUUCUAAGAAAAAAAAAUAGAAAUGUUUUCCCAUACAUCUAAAACUUCUGAAACUGGUGCAGCAGGAAUAACAAAAAAUCCUGAGGAAAGGGUAUUUAUUUCCAAACAUUUUAAACAAAUAUUCAAACGGCAUACAAUUAGAAAUUGGAAGAUCUCCCUAAGAAUGCGUGUUCAGAUAGCUACACUCUUGAAAAAGACCACUCUCCCUUUUUGCAAAGUAGCAGGUCCCAAAGGCCCAAUGGAUAAACGGUCAGAGAGAUCCUGCAGUAGAGUUUGAGUGGCAAGGCACUGUGUCGCAGUGUUCGUUGCCAUAACACAGAGUAUAAGGCUGCAAUCAAUGAAAGAUUGUAUUGAAGGAUCGGAAAAAGACUUGGCACAUCUGCUUAAGAACGUGUGCUACAUCAUGGGCAAAACAUACACACAAAGUUCAGUGACAAGAAGACCAAAAGACGAUAAGAGGAGGAAGUUUUGACGCCAGAAAAGUGGGAGGAAGACUGCAAUGGUUCAAGCAUCCUUGGAAACAGACUAGAACAAAUCCAUGGAUUUUAAGCAAAAUAGCAGAUGGGUUAUUUUCCAUAUCUAGGUUUAUGGAAAGACCCGCACUAAAAUUCCUGAUUUCUUCCUAACAAUAUCUGUUAAACAUAGAUGCGCUUCUAUCCGAAUCCCUGAUUCUUUUAAGAAAAGGAGUUAUGGAGAAGGCCCAAAGGUAACAAGUAUACCAAGGGGUAUACUUAAGGCAAACUGACACAUGCACGCACUUACUUACUCGCUGGCAGGCGCUCCCUCGCUGGCCGGGAGGUGCUCGCUGGCAGGCAUUCUCACUGACUGACACAGACUCACUUACGGACACACUGCUACACAUUCUCACACACUCACCUGACGCCUGUGAUUUGUCAAGCCCUGUAGUAAAUUAUAUUUUACAUUUCUUUUAAUAAUACUUGUUUUUCUAACUGAUCUAUCUGUUGCUGCUCUGGUAUGGAAGAAAAUGAGCUGAUAUUUUUCCAUAGCUUGUUCAUGAGUCAAUAGAUUUGAGCACACUCGGAUACAGAAUUUUCAUUGUUAUAGGGAUGUUUCUGAAUAGAUUAAUGUUACCAUUUCACAGCAAAGAAAUAAGGUUGACCUUUUGACAGUGUUUUCAGAUUAGUCACCCAUAAAGUAAAUCACUUUGAUAUGAAAAUCAAAUAUUUGUAUAUGGGUUAUUUUACAACACUUAAGAUUGUGUAAUUAAAGGACACUGUAGGACCAAUACAAAAUUUAGGUAUAUGUGCAUUGUUUUUGUGUGUGUAUCUAUAUGUAGAUAUUUAUAUAGCUGCCAAGGGCAGGGAUGGAACAUUACUUAAACAAAGUGAUGCUAUGUGGUAACCAAGUGCCUUGGACUUAGGUCCAUUACCACUGUUGUUAUGAUUUUAUAACAUUGAAUUCCUUCAUGAAAGUGGCAGUAUAGGCUGUAAGAUACCUGUUGUGUGUGUGUUGAUUUAAAAAAAAAAAAAAUUAUUUUAUACAUACUAUACUAUGAAAACAUGUAAAUGCAGUUCAUCUAAUUAAUUUCACUCACUUAGUUGCCCUUAGAGAGUGGAACUUUUGCUUUGGAACCCUUUCAGGGCUGUUAGGAAAAGUAGUUUAGUGAAACAUCAGCUUUAUUUUUAGCCGUAAGGUUUGCAGAAAUUAGGCAACUGGGUGGAUUCAGAAUGGGUUAGGAGCUUUAAUUUCCUUUCCUUUUCUCUUACCCACAGAAAAUAAUGCUAACAAUGCCAGCAUAUAUAGGUUUAUACAGCCAUGUAAGAAUUUGUCUUAAGUGAGACUCUGGCUGAGGCUAAUUGGAGUUUAAAAAAAUAAUUGCUUGUAGAUUAACUCCAUAUUUGUCUCUUCCAAUGAGGUAUGAUGAGAAUUUUACUCUCCACUAGCUUUAUGUAGCAAGUUACCAUUUCAAUUGACAGAAAAAAAAAUCAAUGAGCUGUGUGUAUUUAUGGUUAUGAUUGCAUUUUAUGCCAGCAAGUGCUAUCUUCAACUUGAAAAAUUAUGAGCAUCAGUUUUUCUUGACUGCAUGGGUGUUAUAGCAAAUUUCCGGUUCGCUGUAUUAAUUUAGAAACAUUGUUUAUUUACUUUUUCGUUCCCAUCUUUUUUCAGCACUAGAGAGUUUGGGCUUUGGCUCCUACAUCAGCGAGGUGAAAGAAGUCUUGCAGGAAUGCAAAACUGUAGCAUUAAAGAGAAGAAAGGCAAGUUCUCGCCUAGAAAACCUCGGAAUUCCUGAAGAAGAGCUUUUAAGACAACAGCAAGAAUUAUUUGCAAAAGUAAGACUUUGCUCAGUUCUCAAAUCAUUGUUCUGUGAUUGAAAUGUACACAACGUUACUUGUGCUACAGAAUUGUUGCAUUGUGACACUAUUAACAAACUUCUCACCUGAUACAUAACAAGGUUUAAAAAGGUAGUUUAGGCUUAAAGAAACAUUCCAUACUCCCUCCCCGUGUAUUUUGUCAAGCUGUUUAACAACUUACCUGGGUUUCGCCAGGUGCCCUUGCCAGCAUCCUCUACUUAAUGAUCCUACUAGCAAGAGAAUCCUGUUGGCUCCAAGUGCGCUAAGUACAUCCACUAUGAUUAUCUGAGAGCAUCACCUGAGACCCAGGUAAGUUUUUAGACUAUUCUAUGGUUUGACAAAUUACACUGAGAGGGAGUUGGCACUUCAGCGGGCUGUAGGUGUUAUGGAGCUUGAAGUAUUCCUUUAAAAGCAAAAUUGGGAACAUAGCCUUGAACAAUCUUUCCACUUCCUCUAUUUUGGCCAAACGUGCAUUUCCCCUACAAGUUUCCUCUAAGAGUAUAUUCUAAAGCUGUGACAGAGUUUAUGCUGAUAACACCUUGACAUACAUUGACAGUCAUCACUUGAUAAUUUGCCCAACCACCUUUCACAAAGGCAUAAAAGUGUAACUAGUGUUUGCAAAGAAAUGUGCUAUAAACCUGGGCACACUGUGUGUCAAGUAUCAGGCCAUCUAAUAAGCCUUUCUUAAUCCUUGCUCAGUUGUGGAGGCCCCAGGUUCUAGUUGGCUGCUUGCAUCAUAUACUCUCACAAGCCAUUUACUAUGUAAUUGACAUGGUGAAUUUAAAAAAAAUUAAUAAUUUGAUGUUAGCCUGGAUUCUUCCUAUACUUAUUAAAAAAUAGGCUAUAUGUGUCUCAUAAAUUAUUUAAUAUUAAGCUACAGUAUACAAUGCAUAAUUUACUUUAACUUUAUUGGAUAUAUAUUUGCUGUAUUGUUUCACAUUGAAUUAUGAGGAUAGAUUUUUCUGCUGACAAUCCACCUUAAAGGGACACUAUAGUCACCUGAACACCCUCAGAUUAAUGAGGUUGUUCAGGUGAGAACUAUAGCUCUAUGCAGCAUUUCUCCUGUAAACACUGUAUUUUCUGAGAAAAUACAGUGUUUACAUUGAAAGCUAGGAACUCCUCCAGUUUCAGUCACUCAGAGUGAACCAGAGGGACUUCGGAGUUGAUGGAGGCAUAAUAUGCCUCCAUCCACUCAGAUCUGCUGUGCAUGAGCAUCCUGUGAUUCAGUAUCUCCUCCCACUGCAUGCAGACACUGAACUUUCCUCAUAGAGAUUCAUUGAUUCAAUUAAUCUCUAUGAGGAGAUGCUGAUUGGCCAGGGCUGUGUUUGAAUCAUGCUGGCUCUGCCCUUGAGCUGCUUCCUUGUCAGUCUCAGUCAAUCCUAUGGGGAAGAACUGUGAUUGGAUCAGACUAUUACGUCAGCAGACUGCUUGUUUUUCCUGAGUCUAACAGCAUGCAGAUUUACAGCUUCUGGCUUGAAUACAGUAAGAUUUUUACUAUAUUUAUGGAGGCAAGAGGGGCCCAGGGGGGGCUACAUGGUCAUGUUAACACUAUAGGGUCAGGAAUACAUGGAGUUGAAUUGGUGACUAUAGUGUCCCUUUAAGGACGAGACUCAACUUCACAAACCUGUGUAGUAAUGUAUUAAAGUUAAAAUUUACUCUCUUUCCAGGCCAGACAGCAGCAAGCAGAAUUGGCUCAGCAGGAAUGGUUGCAGAUGCAACAAGCGGCCCAGCAAGCACAGCUUGCAGCAGCAUCUGCCAGUGCAUCGAAUCAAGCAGGGUCCUCUCAGGAUGAAGAGGAAGAUGACAUCUAAAUUUUCCCUGCUGAAUUUCAAUCCACCUUUCUGAAUAAUUUUCGCCUGCACAAUGAAAAACCAUGAAAAAAAAAACGCUUACUUGUAAAAUUUUUUUUUUAAUGCAUCUUGGUGGACUGGUCAUUCAUAUUCUAGGGAUAUGUGUUUAAGUCUCAACUGUUGUAUGCUUUGUACACAUCAAAACGCCUGUUUGAAGUGUCAAUAAUCCAAGGUUCAGUAUCAUAUCAAUAGAGAAUUUUUAAUGGUCUUUAAGAAAAUUUUAUAUUAGCAACAAGUCAUUAACUUGAACAAUAAGCAGUGUUAAAUUCAAAUACAACUUUAUUAAAUAUAGUGAGAUUUAUAUAGAAGCUCUAAGAACAUAUUUCCUUUUUCCCUUUUAACUGAAUUUAAAUCUUAGGGAUUUUUUUUUAAUUUUGAGGUUGGGGUUGGGGAUGGGGCAUGAAUUAAACAACGUUAAUAGAUAUUUUUCAAUGUUAAAUUUUACGGGAGGAUGUAAAACCUUUGUAAAGGUCAAUAAAAAUGUGUACUUUGUACCAUUCCUGCCAACAACUAUCAAUUUAGUGUUUGUAAAAAAAAGAAAAAGAAAAGGUACAACAGUCGUCAUAUUUGGGUCUUGAGGGUUCAUUUUUAGGAUAUAUUUUUUUGCAGGGCCCGCUAAGAGUUAAAGGAAAUUCAUUCAGUAUUGCUGUGUGAUUUUACAACAACAAAUACUUGUUUAAAUUUGACAUGGGGUGAAAAAACUAUUUAAUAAGGCCUUAUACAUCUCCUCCAAAGUCCCCCCCAGCUCCCUCAAUCCUAAACUUUAGGUUACUUUGUUUUCAAAUUACUGUUCAAGACACAGCUUACUGGUAAAGAUGUUGCACUUUUUUAUUUUGUUUGUUUUAAAUGAUUACUGUAUUAUCCUGGUUAACAUUUAGCAAACUUAACCAACAUUACCAAUUAAGAGUUUAAGUGGUACUUGUUUAAGUUGUGCAGUCAUAUUGUAUUCAAGGAUAUUUAUGUUAAUUUGUUGGCAGACCACUUAUCUGAAAUGUGAAUACAGUAAUGAUACAUUUCAUUAUAUUAUUGGAUGAACUAAUGAUUUUUUUCCAUGUAAAAUGUUGGCUUCCUUCUCACUCUCAUGAAUAUCUGAUGUCACUGAGCACCAAAUUAACAAGGCCGUAAAUACGUAGACUCAAAACAUAAAAAAAUUGAGAAGUAAACUCAAUAUUUUAUGGGUGUCUGAUCAUCCUUUAUCAAAUUAGACAUACAAUAUUGGCUUUUGUUGGAUCAGAUAAAAUAUUCCUGCUUUGUCACCAUCUUGUCACUGUUUAAAAUAGUCAGCCAUGCGUUAGAUCAUGAUUUUUCAGUGACUGCUGAUCAAAGUCUCAAUUUUGAAUUUUAGUUUUGUUAUUUAAAAAAAUAAAUAAAAAAAAAUGGGGGUGGGGCAGUCGGGUAAGAGGAAAAAUUGAAAUGCCUGUGAAGUUUAAAGUUUAACUUUUUCUUUCUUUUUUUUUUUUUUUGUUUUUUAAGGGGCACUUUCAUAAUUGUAUUUUUCCUCUUUGUGCCUUUUAAACAUUGUGAAGCAUGGAAUAAUUUUGUAGACAGUGUUUUUUUUUUUUUUUUUUUUUUUUAUUAUUUAAGAUCCAUGAGGUGCCUGCUUUCCUCAAGUCUGUUUUAUAAAAUAGUGUCACUGGUUUUUCCGUAGGGAUUUGUUUGCCGUGGGUGUCAAACUCCGAUUUUCCAUGGUGAUAAUUUGCACAAGUAUUGCUAAUAGUAAGUGGAGGGUAAGAAAUCUUUUUAAAUUUGGAGAAUAACCGUGCUUGAGAACUGAGCUUGGCACCAUGAAUUUUCAUCAAACAAGAUAUGAUUUUAAGUUUUCUCAAAGGCAGAGUAGGCUCUAAAAAAAGUAAUUUGUGAUAUACGUGUGGAACUUUAAGAAACAAUCAUGAUGGUUUCCCUUUAAAUAUCUAAUGUCUAGACCAACAUCUCACAAUAAAGUAACUGGCUUAUGGUGUAAUCUUAAACUGGUUGGUCCCAUUAAUUUUUAUGAAAUAUCUGUUUUUUCUAAACGUAGUGACAUUCUGUAACUAAGGGAUUUACAGAUUUAACAGGUGGGAUUAGAGAUUUAUUCAUGUAAGAGUUGAAAACCGUUGCAAAAUCACAGCUGGAGUGGGGGUAAAACCCAAUUACAUUUUAACACUGUGGUCUAACUUUUCCAACUGUCCCAACUCCCUACCGAUGACUGCAGUGAAUAAAUAUAUGGGUUAAUAGAAACUGCAAAAAAGUGAGUUGCAUAAGGCUUUUGUGCCAAUAACAGAUAACCUUUUUAAAAUGUGGACAAUCUGUCCUGUUAUUUUGUUAAAGAUCCUAAUGAUACAACCCAAGUUAUCUUUUUAAUAUGUCAAUGAAUGUUUGGUCUUUGUGACAUAUUUUCUUUAUUUUUUUUUAUUUUUAUCCCCCAACCAUUUAUGCUGUAUUUUUCAAGCAAUAAAACCUUUUUUGUGUUUUUUAAUAUGUCAAAUAUGUUCAGGGUAUGGCUUUUUAUUUUGUGUGGAAUAUCAGUGCUAUAUUUGCAAAUACUAUUAAUCCUAUUUUAGAUAAGGUAUGGUAUGGAGUUAAAGCAUGAAUACAAAUGCGAAUCCCAUAAACUACACAGGAUAUUCUAUAUAAGGGGAAUACUAAAAUUGUCAAAGUACAGAAUGCUAAACCCUGCUAUCGUUAGUUUUUUUUUUUUUUCCUUGCUUAAUUAAAGUUAAGUUUCACAUGGAAUUGGGGGAAAGUGGCAGGCGAUAUGUUAUUAUUUAAGAUGCGUGCCAUGUCCUUUCCUGUCAAUUGAGCACAUGCAGAGUUGCUAUAUCACCCUAUUUGCAUUACAUGGAUGGAAUUAUGUAGUAUUGGAAAACAUGACAAUCUGAGAAUCCUUAUCAACCAAGACAAGCUGUCUCUCUUCAAGAGUUUCUUACUGCACUUGCAAUUAGAGAAAAAUUCAGUGUUACAUAUCGUAGAAGGAGCAGGGAGUAAUUUGUUGCAGAAUGUGGGAUUUCUCUGUCAAAUUUUAGAAGAAAAUACUAUCUGUAUUGCAUCCAUUGGAUAGUAUGUUUUUUGUGCAUUUUGAAGGAGCACUCCAAGCACUUAUUUAACUUGCAUGUAUGUUAAAACUCAGGUGUGACAACUUUACAUGGCUGUAAAAGCACAUGUACUACCAUGCACCGUAGCACUAGGACCCACUGAUGUCAAUGCAAGUACUUGUAGUAACACCGUACAUGUCUAAAUGCUUUCAAGAGAGUUUUAAAAUCUGUCACAUUCGCACACUAAUCAUGUCGGCUAAACACACAAUGCUAUUCCAGUGUAUGUAUGAGCACAACACAAAUUGCCUGAAAAAGGUUGUUACUUCCUUCUAGCUGCUUAGUGACAGUAAAUAUUGAAGUAGCAUGAAAGCCAAAUAAAACAGACUAACAUAUAUAUUUUUUUUUUUGUGCAUUGUCUUCAUAGUUUAGUAAAUACAUCCUGGAGUGUUCCUUGAAAUAGAAGCAGCUUUGUAGAUGGGAACCAUUUUAUGUUACUAUUUAAACAAGAGAAAACACAAGUCACAAUUGUGAACUUUUUAUUCUACACAUUUUAAACCAAUAUUUUAUAUUUCACUGAGAUUUGCUGAAAAAGAAGUGAACAAUAUGUGCUGUCCAUUUAGUGAAGGGUAAUACAAACAAAACCCAGUUUUGUUUUAAGGGGACACUAUCAUGAAAAAAAGGUUUUGUAAAUUUAUGUGAUGUAGAGUAGAUUGGUGACACAAAGGCGGCAUCAACACAGAUGUUUGGAAUUAUUUUGUUUGCUGCUAAUUGUGAUGAAAAUAGAUGACUAAAGCUACAGGGAGGUGAUUCCAAAGAAAUUUAGCUUAAUAGAAAGUGAUUUGUGAGUUGCUUGCAGCUCAACAGGAUUUAUAUGACAUAUAGCAUAAAUAAUUAAGAUCUAUAUUCAGGAAUUUCAGUUGAUAUCUGCUGUCUAUAUUGCACUCAAACUAUUUGUUUAAAUAUAAAGUAUACAUUUUCAUAAUGUGUCAGACAUUACAUAAAUACAAAGUAUCUAUUUUCAUUCAAAGCUUCAUGUAAAUAAUUAGCUUUUCUAGUUCUAUUAAAAAACAAAAAAAACAAUUUCUAAUAAACCAAGGAGGUUUUUGUCACAUAGUUCAUUUCAUUGAUCAGCUGAUUUCUGUCAAUAGAAACCUUUUGUGUGUGUGUGUGUUUAAGUGAACUUAACUUACCUGCAUGUAGAUAAAGUUACAUGCAAAAUUAUUUUCACAUACCUUUAACUCAAAUCAAAAUGUGCCCCGGGAUGGAUUGUCAUACUUUCUAAAGUUUUUUUUUUUUGCAUUUUUUUUUAAUGUUCAUAUAUCCCAAAUAUUUAACAAAUCUAUCAGCACCCUGUCAGUUGUCAAAAUAAAUAUCAGCAUAGUGACCUCCCAUCAAAUCAUUUUUAUGGAAGCAGAGGUAAUCAAUAUAAUAAGUAGAGAAGUGCUAAAUAAUUAUUUUGAAAGAACGUGAAGAACUUAAACUAUUUGCAUUAUUAUCGUACCCCCCUCCCCCACCCCCAUUAGUUAUUUAAUCCUGUCUACUAAUUUUUGACUCUACACAUAAACCUCUUAAUAAAAUAAUCAACACAUUUCCAAUGUGUAGAAACCAAAUUUGGAGUUAACAAUGCAUCAUUCAAGGUGUGUGUUGUGUCCCUAUUCAGUUUUUUUUUUUUAUUUAUUUUUAAAUCUCCUUAUCAUUCAUGCUGUAUUAUUCAAGCAAUAAAACAUUGUGUUUUAUAAUGUUUUGUAUUUAAUCUAAAAUGUAUUUCUUACUUCAAUGGGAG